CUGACUCUCUUCUUUCACAAGAGACCAACUCGAAUCAAAAGGAGCAAGAUCAAGCUCUUGCCGUUUCCUUUGGUUAGUUGCUGCUAUGGAUGAUGCUUCAAGUCCUUCUUUCCCUGUUCGCUACAAGAAAUUGUCGAUCGAUAUCAAGGAAAGUAAGAUCGAUAUAGUCAUUUGUAGCCACGAUGAUCAUUUUUUGGUUAUCGCUACGCAAAUUGGGACUAUGGGAACUAUAAUGCAUGCAAGGAAGGAGGAAGGGAUGCUGAAUAAUCCUACUUUCAAUGUAUCUGUGAUAUUUGGUAAACGAGAUGAGCCUAUGCUAGUGGCAUGUGCACGCCAGCUUAUUGAACAUAUAAGUAAUUCUGGCUCUUCAAAACCGUUGACGCUUUCACUUGGUCUCAAGGACCAUUCCAUGGAGACUCUCAAAGGAAUCGUUUCUGCUGUGAUUGAGAACAGAUUGUGGUAAAUGAUGCUUACUGGAUAGACAUCCACAUUUACUGGAUACAUGUUUGGUGAAAAAGUAGGAAUCUGGGUUUUUUUAUUCAGUUUUAGUUCUUACUUGGGAUUUUGUGUGACUUGAUAUGGGAUUUAGAAACUGUUAGGUAUUGUUUGGUACGCAGUAAUAUCCAAAACAGAAUGAAAAAGAACAUUAUGGUUAUUUACCGCAUGAAAAUGGAACUCCAGUGCAUAGGUGAGGAACGUUUUUUUUCUUCAUUCCUCAAUGGAAAUGGAUUGAUAUAUUAUGACUGUUUUAA